AUGCAGACGGUAUCGGUUGACGAGACCAAAAACACGGUGGUGCUACGAGCGGAGCACCGUAACGAGGAAGGUCGGAAAAGUGUAGACAAAUUCGAAUUGAAGACUCGAAACCCGGACACGAUCAAGCAAGUGGAGAAGAAGCUGAUGGAGAAAGGCGUCCAACGGAUGGAGAGGCAUCCUUCCGACGGGAAUUCGCUCAAACGACCGCCGCCGAAAUCAGGCCACGGCGGAAAGUUCACGUGGGAAGGACCGGAUCGGAUGGAGGAUUACGAGAUGCAGCCUGAUCCGCCGGCGAUGGACGAAGGAGAUCCGAAUUACGACGAAGAACAGACGGCGAAGAAGGAGGUCGGAGGUGAUGACGUGGCGGUGGAGCUUGUGAAAGGAGAGGUCGACGUGGCGAAGGAAGCUCCGGCUGGUGUUGCUAGAGUUGAUGUUGAUCCUCGCUUGAUCAGUCCUUGA